AUGACGACCGACAGCGACAAACAAGCUGCAGCUAUAUCCGCCGAAGCUGCCGUGGGAGCCGAUGUUGAGCCCCAAGAUCUGGAGAAGAAUGACCCAGAAUAUCCGCCGGAGAAGAUUCUGAAGCCGUCGCGCGAUGCAGACGAAGCAUUGCAAGCUUUUGCGGACACCGAUGGCGAACAACUUGAGUUGACUGAAGAAGCUAGCAAGAAACUGCUGAGGACCAUCGAUUGGCAUCUUCUGCCGUUGAUGUGUGUCAUUUAUGGCAUGAACUACCUCGACAAGACCACUCUAUCAUAUGCGAGCAUCAUGGGUCUCAAAGAAGACAUCCACCUCAAGGGAGACAACUACCAAUGGCUUGGAAGCAUGUUCUACUUCGGGUAUUUGGCCUGGGAAUGGCCCACGACUCGCCUUCUACAGCGCCUGCCGUUAGCAAAAUACUCCGCCUUUUGUAUGAUCAUUUGGGGUCUGGUGCUCACAUGUUUUGCUGCUGUGAAGAAUUUCUCCGGUGCCGUUGCACUCCGAUUUUUCCUGGGAGUAUUUGAGGCUGCUGUAACGCCGGGUUUCGCUCUCAUCACAUCACAGUGGUAUACCAAGUCUGAACAGGCAAUCAGGACAAACCUCUGGUUCUCCUUCAACGGCUGGGCACAAAUUUUCGGUGCGGUGCUCGCAUACGGUAUCGCGGUGGGAUCACGACGUUAUGGAACCGCCAUUGAGCCCUGGAAAACGCUCUUCAUUACCACCGGACUCUUGACCAUGACCCUAGGGGUGCUAUUUUGGUGGAUUGUUCCGGACAGCCAGCUCAAUGCGAGAUGGCUGAGCAAGGACGAGCGUAAACUGGCAGUUGAAAGAGUUCGAAAAAACCAGCAAGGGAUUGGAAACAAACAGUUCAAAAUGUAUCAGCUUAAAGAAGCUUUGACAGAUCCGGUUACUUGGGCAGUCGUAUUUUACGGCAUUGUCUCAUCAAUCCCGAAUGGGGGAAUCUCGAACUUCUUCAGCCAACUGAUUGUUAGUUUUGGCUAUACACCAGAGGAAAGCUUGCUGUACGGUGCACCUGCAGGAGCCGUCCAAGUGAUAUCGCUCAUGCUCAACGCCGCUGGAAUGCAUUAUUUCAAGCAACGGCUUAUCGUUUCAACGGGAGGGCUAUGGGUGGGUAUCCUUGGCGCAAUAUUGAUGAUCGCCUUACCUGAAUCACAAAAUACCGGAAGGCUUGUGGGAUAUUCAUUGACCCUUGCGGUCACGACUGCAUUUAUCAGCAUGUUGGGAAUCAUAUCGUCCAACGUAGCUGGUUAUACCAAAAAGACGACGGUCGCGGCGUUGUACUUGAUGGGGUACUGUGCCGGAAAUAUCAUCGGUCCGCAAACAUUCCGACCAGAACAUGCACCAGACUAUGUCCCGGCAAAAAUAACAAUCAUGGUUUGUUGGGCUCUUUGCAUCCUUGAUUGUUAUUUCAUCCUCUGGUGGUACCGGAGGAAGAACGCAGAGAAAGCUCGAGUGGUUGGAUCUCACGGACAGAGAGAAUCCCGAAUUGAUAUACGUGCUAUGAGUCUGGAGAGGAAGGGGUCUGCAAAGCUGGCGUAG